AUGACGAGGGAAGAAGGUUUAUCUAAUGCAGUUCACCAUGCAGAUGUCGUAGCUUUGACUAAGCUAUCCUGCCUAGUUCUGCCGCAUGAGCACUCGGCACUGUUGCGGCCAGAGUCUAUCCGGAGUGCAGAAAAAUCGCUUGAGACAUGCUCACCUGUGGAGCAUAUAUUGCAUUUGGAACCAAUAGAGGUAGAUAAUUUUCAAGGAAUAACCCCUCCAGAUGCUCCAAAGUCCGAUAAUGUGUUUGGGGGACAGUUAGUUGGACAGGCACUGGCUGCAGCAUCAAAGUCUGUUGAUUGUCUAAAUGUUGUUCGUAGCUUGCACGCGUAUUUUCUUCUUCCGGGGGAUUUUAACAUACCAAUUCAAUAUAAAGUUAAGCGUUUUCGUGAUGGAAAGAGCUUUUCUAUGAGGAAAGUGGAUGCCAUUCAAAAGGGAAAUGUCAUAUUCACUUUGCUGGCUUCAUUUCAGAAAGAGGAACUAGGGUUUCAACAUCAGGAAGUGUCUAUGCCAUCUGUCCCUACCCCAGAUGAGCUUGUAUCAAUGGAAGAGUUACUAGAGCAACUUCUUACCGAUCCGCGUCAUCCAAUAACUUUCCGGAACGAAGUUGCUACAGCUCAAUGCAUUCACUGGCCCGUAGAGAUCAGGUUCUGUGAACCUACACUUGAAACAAAUCAGACCAAGUCUCCUCCUAGUUUGAGAUACUGGUUUAGGGCAAAGGGAAAGUUGUCAGAUGAUCAGGCCUUGCAUAGGUGUGUGGCUGCAUAUACUUCUGAUAUAAUAUUUCUUCAAGUAAGUAUGAAUCCUCACCGUCGGAGGGGCUUAAAGAUGAGCGUCUUGAGUUUGGACCACUCCAUGUGGUUUCACAGACCUAUAAGAGCUGAUGACUGGGUGCUAUAUGUGAUCUUUAGUCCUACUGCCUUUAAUGCACGCGGCUUUGUUACAGGCCAAAUGUUCAAUCAGAAGGGAGAGCUACUUGUUUCAUUGGUUCAAGAAGGCCUGACGAGGAAGCAUGUUCCCAAUAGAUCAGCCACCAUCUCUAAGUUAUGAACUUUUACAAAGCCAAAUAAUUAACAAACUCUUAAGUUUUUUACACCUGAAAAUCCACAUGAUGUGUGGUUUGUUUUUUAGUUCUCUGUACGAAUAGAAGGACUGAUGAUUAUUAAUAACCCAAUAAUUUAGUGUUUUAUUAAAAUUAUAAUCCAAUCAUUCAAAAAAAUUCUAUGUAAAACAAAGAAAAUAAACCGUGAUAAAGUUUAGUA